CUCACAUCCCCCACUCUGUACUUUAACUGACUAUGUGUUGGAGGCUUCUGCCAAGUUCUACCUGUAACUGGCUUCAUCUCUCAAGUCAGAUGUUUGGCGACUCUAUCCCCUGCAACAAGGAGCCAUGCCAGCUGGACACACUCCCCUUCCAGGGCCCCUGGCGGCCAGGUUGGAGGUGAGGCCGCAGCUGCUGAGAUCCUGAGCCCCAGUUUUACAGCUCUGUCUCAACCGUAUCACUGAAAGAGGGCCUCCCCCAGCAAUGAUCUCCUCAUUACUGCUGGCCUUCCUAUUCCUGGCUCCAGCCCCGGUGGCCAUUCCCAGAGCUGACAGCCAGUGUCUGGCAUGUGGAGGACCCGCCAUGGACCUGGAUCGUCAGCGGGAGCUGCUUCUUGACCUGGCCAAGAGAAGCAUCUUGGACAAACUGCGCCUCAGCCAGCGCCCAACACUGAACCGGCCUGUGUCCAGGGCUGCUCUGAGGACUGCGAUGCAGCGCUUCCGUGGGCCCCCGCAGGGGACGCUUCCGGAGGCUGACGGGGAACAAGAAUAUGAGAUCAUCAGCUUUGCUGACACAGGCCUCUCCAACAUCAACCAGACUCGUCUUGAUUUCCACUUCUCCUCUGAUAGAACUGCUAGUGGCAUGGAGAUCCAGCAGGCCAGCCUCAUGUUCUUUGUACAGAUCCCUCCCAAUACCACCUGGACUUUGAAGCUGAGGAUCCUUGUGCUAGGCUCACAUGACACCAACCUCACCUUGGCCACUCAGCACCUGCUGGAGGUGGCCAAGAGUGGCUGGCACCAGCUCUUCCUGGGGCCUGAAGCUGAGGCUGCCUGCAGCCAAGGGCACCUGACCCUGGAACUGGUACCUGAAGGCCAAGGAGCCCAGAACUCGAUCAUACUGGGUGGGGCUGCCCAUAGGCCUUUUGUGGCAGCCAAGGUGAAAGUUGGGGGCAAGCACCGGGUUCACCGGCGAGGUAUCAACUGCCAGGGUGGGUCCAGGAUGUGCUGUCGACAAGAGUUCUUUGUGGACUUCCGUGAGAUUGGCUGGCACGACUGGAUCAUCCAGCCUGAGGGCUAUGCAAUGAACUUCUGCACAGGGCAGUGCCCAAUCCAUGUGGCAGGCAUGCCUGGCCUUGCUGCCUCCUUCCACACUGCGGUGCUCAACCUUCUCAAGGCCAACACAGCUGCAGGUACCACGGGAGGGGGCUCAUGCUGUGUGCCCACGGCCCGGCGCCCCCUCUCUCUGCUCUACUACGACAGGGACAGCAACAUUGUCAAGACUGACAUACCUGACAUGGUGGUCGAGGCCUGUGGGUGUAGUUAGUCCAUGUGUGGAUGGGCAGCCCAACGCGGGGUAGGCAAACAUGCCCUCACAGUGGUACCCUUCCUUGAGAGGAGGGAAUGACUCCAUUACUGCCUCUGUCCAGAAGGAGGGAAUGACUCCAUUACUGUCUCUGUCCAGAAGGAGGGCUCCUUCCUGAGCAACCUAUGGAAAUUAUCCCAACUGUGACUUGAGGAGAUCUUCAUCUAAGGAGAGUCACUGUACCAUCUUCACGACCACCAGUCUCUCUCCUAGGGCAUAGUCUAUCCAGCAAGCCUCACAGGCUCAACUGCCACCCAGGGACUCUGAUCCACCUGCAGCCAUGAGCAGUGCCAUCUAGUUCCCAGGCAAAGCCACCCAUAGCCCACCCUUAAUCCAUCCCAUAACCCACUGUACUUCCCCACUCUUCCCACUUGAUGGCCGUCCCUCCAGGUUGAGUUGACCCAGCCCCUUCCUUUGAUUUUCUGGAUUACCAGAGAGCCCCUUCCUUGGAUUCACUGGAGAUUAGAUCACGGCUGUCCAAAGUUACUCUUGUCUGUAUGUUGAGCCCCUUUCUUAUUUGCGCUGGUGGGCGGCUAAGGUUCUCUUGGCACACCCUCAUCCAUUCUUUGUCCUUCUGUGCCCUGUUCUCCCCCCUUAAGGGCUGACCCACCUGAGCUCCUUUGGCCCCUGGCUUCCUGCUGAAUUUGGCUAAGGGCUGACACAGGCAGGAGAUCAAAGGACAGGAGGAGACAGAGGUCAGGGUAUUUCUUAUUCCUGUUCCCUCUGCCUAGGUGCCAUGUGUCUGUGUGACUGUGGUCUGUCCCUACAGCUCCUAUCUGGCUCCCCCCUGGUCCCAGUUCUUCCUAGGUUCUGACAUCACUGCUUCUGCACUAGGGGUUGUGAGGGCUUUCCACUCUUGCUAGUCCCUGGGGACCUCAACAUCCCUCCUUGGUUCCCUUAACCCUGCCUACACCUCCAUAAAUAAGGUCUUCAUUAAGUCUUCUUGGUGAUGCAAACACAGACAACUGAAUGGUUCUUUUGUC